UGAGAGAGGAGCCUCCCUUCCCGUUUCGCCCGUAAGCCAGCCGCGCGACCCCUUCGACUGGACACUACGCCGCUAUCCAGUUCCAUCACGGCCGAGAUACUCCGGUAAAGUGUCGGUUAAAGUGCUCAUUCACGUGACUCUGCCCACCGGCUACACGGCUACCUACGGAAAAUGGCAUCUGGCGUGACGGUCGCAGACGUUUGUAAGACAACGUACGAGGAGAUAAAGAAAGACAAAAAGCACCGGUAUGUGAUCUUCUACAUUAAAGACGAGAGACAGAUAGAUGUGGAAGUCAUCGGACCUCGUGAUGCGGCUUACGACGCCUUCCUCGAAGAUCUGCAAAAAGGCGGUAGCGGGGAGUGCCGUUAUGGUCUGUUCGACUUUGAGUAUACUCAUCAGUGUCAGGGUACUUCCGAGGCAUCCAAGAAACAAAAAUUAUUCCUGAUGUCGUGGUGUCCUGACACGGCCAAGGUCAAGAAGAAGAUGUUGUACUCGAGUUCCUUCGAUGCUCUGAAAAAGUCGUUGGUCGGUGUACAAAAGUACAUACAGGCGACAGAUCUGUCGGAGGCUUCCGAGGAGGCUGUCGAGGAGAAACUUCGAGCCACCGACAGAAAUUAGGAGUAUUCCAGCGAAUCCCAAAACUACUAUUACGAGAUAAGAAAAAGAAAGCCAAGUGGAAUACGAUACAUCGCGAAUUAACUUCCCAAAAACAGAAAAAAAAAACAGUAAUUCUCUAUACUGUCGUUGCAUCGAGGGUUCACGUUUUUACACAUUUUUCACUUUUAAACGAGACCGUUUAUCAAGUAUUUUAUGCUACAUAUGUUAGUCAUCAGGGGAGUGGAAGCAUUAUUAGCAAAAGUGAACAAGAAUGAGAAAAAAAGAAUAAACAGCGGGAGAUAAGCACUCUUUUUCAUAAUCGCGGACAUUAUGUGAAUCUAUCUGAUAUAAUAUUAAUAUUAUACUAUUAUUAUAUAAGAUAAUUGUACAAGAAUACAAGACAAUUUACAACCAGUCAAGCAGUAAAAGAACGGAAUUAUUACAUUUUUUUUCUCACAGGCUGUACGACGUUUAAAUUAAAUUCAUUUUAUUAUGA